AUGAAGACUCAACCCUUCCGCUUCCUUGAUCUUCCGGCCGAGUUACGAAUGAUGGUAUAUGAAUGCCUUUCGAUCUCCGUCCACCACCACGUCCUUGAUGAUCCGACGCAGCUUCCAGGGUAUUUCACCCGGAGCACGAUCACUCUUGUGACAAAGUCUAUUGAGACGUCUAUUUUCUCUACUUGUCGCAAGGUCAAUGCUGAAGCUGUUCCAUCUCUUGCGCAUCAUCUGGACAAAUUGCGCUCAGUACCGACUCACUUUGUCGUCGAUUUCGCCAGCAUGGACACAUUCGCAGGCAGAGGUGGCAUCCUCAGUUUGAUCAAGAAAAAGGCGCGAGGACACAACUCUCCAACCUCAGCACAGAGCACAGCCCCAAUCGUCUUCGAAGGAGCCCUCGAGGUGAUAAACGACAUACACCCCACUUCUGCCGACUACAUUGCUCUCACUUCUUUCAUCGCACGGAGUACUUCCUGUCUGUCAAGGGCACUUUCGGCCACUCCGGUAAUCACACGCGCCCAAUCUCUACUCGUCACGAUGAACUUGACAGCUGAGAAUGGGCGUAUACCAUAUUCGGUUGAUAAGAUCAUCUUGAAGAUGUACAUGCUUCAUGAAUUAUACCCAUGCAUAGCACCUCACCUCGACACCCGGAUAACUUGGAAGUCCACUAAAAAGACGCGUGCUUUUCUACACAAGCUGCAUGGGACUUUGCAAAGCUUUCCACGGAGACACGACUUCGACUGUUCUCGUAUCGACCUGGUCAGCGAGAAGAUGUGGGAGGAAGAGUGGGCUGAGCGUGAGGGGUCCUAG